AUGGCGUCUGAGGACAUUGGUGAUGAUAUGGCCGCCGGCGAUGUUGCGGCAUUGGCGGCUUUCAGGGCGAACCAUCCCAGUUCUGAUUCUAAACCUGUCAACCUCAAACCUGUCAACGUUGAGAGCGUGAAUUGGGAUGCCGAGCUUGUUGAGGAUUCCAAAACCGCUAUCAAGGAGAAUGAGACUCGCAAGGCCACGUUUGCACGUCUCCAAGAAGAGUUUGAAAGUCGGCAAGCUCAGGGCAUUACGACAGAAGAAGACGAAAUUCUAUAUGCCACCGCCAAGAGUGCAGAAGAACAGCGUAUCAAGGACUUUGAACGGAGCCAGAUAGAAAUAGAAGAACCGGUGAAAGUACCAGAUCAGCCUUCAGAAGAAGAUGAGAAUUCGCUCUUCAUUCCAGAGGUUCCCGAGCGCCCUGAGCCGCCUCAAAACAGCAAGAAAGCAACUCCAAAGCCAAAAAAUCGUCUCACUGCCAAAGACAAAGAUGAGGCGAUUUCUGCCGGGUUGACUCGUUUGGGGACUGGCAAGCCUAAGAGGAAGAAGACUCAGGACAAGGGCCAGGAACCGCGAAAGAGGCAGCGAACCAAGUCCACUCCGAAGCGACGAAGACCAGCCUUGAGCAAUCUUCAAAGCUUGGGAUCAACCAACAUCAUAGGUCCUGCUCAGGCUAAUGCGGAACGACCGGACAUGCCAACCUUUUCCUCAAAGGACAAAAGCAAGGCUCUGAAAGAACUGAUUGCAAGCAUUCCAAACUCGGAACAGCGUUUACACUCUUCAGAGAAAAAUGCGAUUCUCGAAGCAUCCAAGAAAUUCAACGGUCACGGUGCCAUCCGAUCAGAUGGGCAAGGUGGCUGGAAGCUCCGCGGUAUGGAGUCUUCUCUCUACCAUCACCAGCUCCUUGGUGCUGCUUUCCUGCGUGAUCGCGAACGCAGUAAGACCAGACCACAUGGUGGUUUGGUAUGCGACGAGAUGGGAUUCGGCAAGACCAUUCAGAUGAUUGCAAACAUUCUCGAUGGUAAGCCAGAGGAAGGCAGCGCUGUGAAGACAACAUUGAUCGUGGCACCACCUGCUCUCAUCAACCAAUGGAUGGUCGAGAUGGAUAAGCAUGUCAAACCCAGAGCGCUUGGACGGAUUCUCCGUUACCACAACGGCUCUCGUCUGAUGAGCAACGACGUCGUGGCCGACCUGUCAUCGUACGAUAUUGUUCUCACGACCUAUUCAGAAGUCCAAAAAAGUUACCCUAUGAUCGAUCCGCCGAAGCAUCUCUCCUCGGAGGCCAAGAAGAACGAGUGGUGGAGAGAUUUCUAUGUCAAUAACUGUGGACCUCUACACAAGAUGAAGUUCCAUCGCAUUGUUCUCGAUGAAGCUCACGCCAUCAAGAACCACAAUUCCAAGACCUCAAUCGCCGUCCGAGGUCUGACUGGAAACUUCCGGUGGGCCAUUACAGGAACACCUAUCCUCAACUAUAUUGAGGAGUUGUUUCCAUACUUCUCCUUCCUUCGAGUUCCCCAUACGGGCGACUACACUACUUUUUGUCAUAACUACUGCAACAAUCGUUCCAAUCGCGAACCAGUCAACAUGGCACGCAUUCACAAUAUCCUCCGCUCCAUAAUGCUACGGCGUACGCAUGUCGACAGCCUGUUCGAUGCGCCGAUCGUCAAAUUGCCCGGAAUCUCACAUACAACUCAUGAAGUCGAGUUUAACUCCGUAGAGCGCGCUAUCUACUCGAUGGUCAAGCGCCGCUACGCACAACAAAUCAACACAUUCUCCUCUUCUGGAAAUCUCACGGCAAAUUACAGCAACAUCUUGAGCAUGAUUUUGCGUCUCAGAAUGCUUUGUUCCCAUAUCUUCCUCUGUCAGGACACCCUAAAGGAAAUGUUUGUCGCCGCAGACAUUGAAAACCUCUGGCAGCUGACGCAGAAAGAAGUCGAGACGGUCGACCAGGGCACCCAUCGAACCUCGGAGACCAUCAUUGCACUCCGGAAGAUGCUCCAGCAAAAGGACAAGACGAUAACAACAUGCCAGACACGCCAUGACGACGUAUCUACUUCGACAGAUGCCUUGGAGAUCGAGAAUGCGGAAUCAGCCAUCAGUACUGGCGCCUCUUUCGGGCUCACUUUCAAGUUUCGGCGCUUCCUCCGUGAACUGAGUGAGAGUAACACCUGGGUCGAGCUUCAUGCCCGGUCUAAGUGCGCCAAAUGCCAAUCUCUUCCCGACGAGCCAAUGUGUACAUCGUGCUUCCAUGUAUACUGUCAAGAGUGCCUUGCACAACUGAGGUUGGAAAAAGGAGAAGGGCCCAAAGUUGCUUGUCUGGAGUGCGGCACUCUGUUUGAAGAGACAUCCCCAUGUUCUGGCUUGAAGGAACUUGGGUUCAACUUGGCUCCUGUCGCAGAGAGAGCCGAGAGGCUCAAGGGAAAGCGCCAGACAGCAGCAAAGGGUCGCAGAAGUACAAGUCGCGGCCGCAAUAGUCCAGAUGAGGAUGAUCAGGGCAAAGAACCUAGCGACUGGAUUGAAUUUGGCCAAGUCCUUCCGUCAGCCAAGCUCACGGCCACGAAAGCCGCCAUCCUCAACUGGCGAGAAAAGAAUAAGUCAGAAAAGAUCAUCAUCUACACCCAAUUUCUCGGUUUGUGUCGCAUCCUUGCACGCAUAUGCGAGACUGAAGAAUGGGGAUACGUGAACUUUAACGGCAAAAUGACCUUGGACGCACGAGAGAAGGCCAUUGAGAACUUCCGGGAUAAGCCUGAAAUUUGCAUCAUGAUUUGCUCGCUCAGGGCUGGCGGCAUAGGUCUCAACCUGACCAUGGCGUCCAAGGUUAUCAUUCUUGACCUCUGGUUCAACAGCUCCGUCGAGGCACAGGCGUAUUGUCGCGCUUUUCGCAUCGGACAGCAAAACAAAGUUGAGGUCCUCCGCUUUGUGGUCAAGAACUCGAUCGAUGAAGAUCUCGUCAACAUGCAGGAACGCAAGGACAUCGAAGUCAGCGGGGCGAUUGGCCCGGACAGUCUCAGCAAGCGCGCGACUGUGCAUCAACUGUUGGAGCUGUUUGGCAGCGUGAAAGAGGGUGAAGGACAGAACGAGUUCAUUCUUGUGGAGGAUGAAGAGGAAGACGAUGACGACGAUGGCACCGACGUGACCAAACGAUUGCCACCUCGACCAUUCUAA